CUAGUGAGAAUGGGCACCACGAAAAUAAGCCAGAUGAACCUGCUACUGAGGAACCUGCUAAGGAGGACGAUAAACAAUCAUCUGAGGAGGACACUAAACAACCUGAAUCAUUGGAAGAAGUUCCUGAAACAGAGAAAACUGAAGAACCCAUUGCAGACCCUCAUGAAGCAGGUGAUGCUCAGGAUUCUGCUGCUGAAAUCUCUGUGGAGGACAAAAUUCAAGAACUCUCCAAGGAGGAAAGUCAACCAGUGGAAGCUACACUGCCACUGGAGGAGGAUGUUUCUAAUGCUGAGCAAGAUAAACCUUUAUCUGGGGCCGAAACAACAACAUACAAAAUGGAAGUUCCUAACAGUAAGGUAGGAGUUCUCAUUGGCAAGGCUGGCGAUACCAUUCGAUACUUGCAAUACAAUUCUGGGGCAAAGAUUCAAAUUAUGAGGGAUGCUGAUGCUGAUCCUUCUAAUCUAACUAGACCUGUAGAAAUUAUUGGAACUUCCGAAAAUAUAAAAAAGGCUGAGGAGUUGAUUAAUGCUGUAAUUGCAGAGGCUGAUGCUGGCGGUUCUCCAUCGCUUAUAGCCAGAGGCCUUACUUCUUCGCAUUCUAUAGCAACUGCUGAACAGAUUCAAAUGCAAGUUCCAAAUGAGAAGGUUGGUUUGAUUAUAGGAAGAGGUGGGGAGACCAUUAAAAGUCUGCAGACCAGGUCUGGUGCGCGUAUACAGUUGAUACCCCAAAAUCUUCCUGAAGGAGAUGAAUCUAAAGAAAGGACUAUUAGGGUGACUGGUGAUAAGAAGCAGAUAGAUAUUGCUACAGAAAUGAUUAAGGAAGUUAUGAAUCAGACUGUGAGGCCUUCACCACACUCCACUGGUUUUAACCAACAGGCUUACCGGCCUCGUGGACCAGGUGGCCCAACACAAUGGGGUCAACGUGGUCCUCAUCCUUCACAUCCUGCGGCAUAUGAUUACCCACACAGAGGGCCGUAUCCAUCUCAUAAUACACAGUAUCAGCAGCAUCCUGGAUAUGGAAACUAUCCUCAGCAAAUGGGUCCUAGAAGCAGCUACAACUCUGGUUGGGAGCAGAGGCCACCCCCCAGCAUGCAAGUGCCACCGCCAAGUUCUGGUGGUUAUGAUUACUAUGGUGGAAGGAGUCAUUAUUCCGAUGCUCCACCUUCUCAUUACCCCAGCAAUAUGCCUGGGCACGCUCCUGGCCCUUCUCCCGCACCAGCUCAUGGUCCACCCCAAACUCAGUCCAGUUACAACUAUAAUCAGCAACAAAGUCAAGGUUAUGGGCAUGCUGCACCUUAUUCUCAGUCAGCUCCUCAUCAGAGUUACGGUCAUGGAUAUGAACAGAAAUAUGAUCAUCAUCCUCCAGCGCAGAAUCCAUAUGGCGGGCAUGGAAGCACUCAGCAACUUUACCCUCAGGCUGGUGCUCAACAGGUUUACCCUGGACAACAGCAGUAUGAUAAUAAGCCUCCAUCAUAUGGUGUUCCAGCUCAAGGACCUCCUCCCCAGUCUUAUGGUGCUCCUAGGGUUGGUCAGCCUGGAGAGCCUUAUCAAGGAGGCUCUGCCCCAGCUUCAUAUGUCCAAAAUAUGCAACCUCAGCAGACAUAUCAAUACCCAACUGGUGGCUCUGCCCAGCAAUAUCCUCCAUAUGGUACUGUACCGAGCGCAGAUGGUUAUAAUCAGGCACCCGCUGCAUCUGCUGCUGCUAGUUACCCGCAGCAGGGCGGCCAGGCAGGUUAUGGUCAACCUGGUGUACAGCAACAAUCUGCAUAUGCCCAACAAGUAGCUCCUGCUGCUGCAUAUGGGCAGUAUCCAACCGCCCAACAGGGUUAUCCUGAGCAGGCUGCUGCAAACACUGCUGGAUAUGCUGCGUACCAAGCACCUCAAGAUCCUGCUGCUUAUAGCGGUGCUCCGGCAACUGCUGCAGCAGCUUAUACUGCCCCAACUAGUGGGCAGCCUGGUUACACUCAACAGACUGCAACUCAGCCAACCUAUGACCAGUCAAUUCCUCAGUCUGGCGGGUAUGGAACCGUGCCUUCGAGUGCUGCUGUUGGGUAUGGGAAGAGUGUGUCGCCGCAGCCACAGCCGCAGCCCGGGUAUCCACAGUAUGAUUCGAGUCAAGUAUAUGGGGCAAGUCGUUGAAAAUUUUGAUUAGGGAUAGGGUUGUUGGGUUGUGUAAGCCAAUCAGUGUAGGAGGGGUGGAAUUGAAGUUGUUGAAGAAUGCAGUGUUUGUUGUAUUUGCAUUGUCAUAUCGAUCUCGGCAGUUAGCUUUGUUCAUUAAUAUUGGUAAAUUAGAGAAGAAUGCUUAUCAUUUUAUCCACUGUUAUUCAUGUUUUUACCUUAAAAGUUAGUUGAUGAAUCGGGACAUAUCAAUUUUGAGCUCUAAA